AUGGAGAGGUGGAUCACUGGCGGGGUGAAAGCAGAGAGCAUGGGACUGAGUGAGGCCAGGAUCUGCUCCAUUCUGGUUGGGGCUUGGAGGGAGAGCUCUGACAACAGAGAAAGCCCCCUGAAGUGUCAAGCUGAGAAUUUUUGGGUCCUGGAAUUUGUGGGAGCCUACAGUAUACAGUACCUGAACCAGGGCGCCUACAGUAUACAGUACCUGAACCAGGGAGCCUACAGUAUACAGUACCUGAACCAGGGAGCCUACAGUAUACAGUACCUGAACCAGGGCGCCUACAGUAUACAGUUCAAGAACGAAGACCAGACUGGGCCUUUUAAAUUCAUGCUUAUCAUCAUCAUCAUCAUCAUCAUCAUCAUCAUCAUCAUCACCGGUGUGUGUGGACGACCUGUAUACCAUGGACGUAUUGUGGGUGGCCAGGCUGCUGCUUUGGGGCGCUGGCCUUGGCAGGUCAGCCUGCAGGUUGACCAGACCCACAUUUGUGGAGGUUCCCUCAUCAGCGACCGCUGGGUACUGACGGCAGCACACUGCGUGAAAACGACUUUGUAUGCUCUUUUCUACACUGUGUGGCUUGGCUCCACGGAUGUAAACUACUCAAGUAAAGGCAAGGAAUACUAUGUGUCCAGAAUCGUCAUCUACCCCAAACAGGACGGUCUUUUAGACGGAGACGUUGCCCUGCUGAGACUGUCUUCCCGGGUCACCUUCACAGAUGUCAUUCUGCCCAUUUGCUUGCCAAAUGCCACAAAGCAGCACACACUCCCAGCUUCUUGCUGGGUGACUGGAUGGGGACAAAAUAAGGAAGGUCAUUACCCCUCUGCCCUCCAAGAAGUUGAAGUACCCCUGUUUACCAGAGAGGCCUGCGAAAAACUGUACAACCCAAUCGGCGCUUUCAUCCCAGAACUGGAGCGGGUCAUCAAGGAGGAUGCACUCUGUGCUGGCGACACUCGGGAUGAGAAGGACAGCUGCAAGGGCGAUUCUGGAGGGCCUCUUUCAUGUCACACUGAUGGUGUCUGGACCCAGAUAGGUGUGGUGAGCUGGGGUUUGGAAUGUGGCAAAAAUCUUCCUGGAGUCUACGCCAACGUGACCUACUAUCAAAAAUGGAUCAGGACCAUUAUCUCGAGAGCUCGGGGCUUGGGUGGUGACUGUACUUACGUGACUUCUUGUUCCCUACUUCUCUGGCUCUCCUGGGAUCCUCCUGAGCCUUGGCUCUAACAUGAUACCAACAGUAUAUAGAGCUGAUGCUGCUGAGGAGCUAAUGGGAUGGGAUGUGUGGAGAAUAAAGCCUUGGGCAGAGAAAUCAUAAGAGAGUCACUGAGAUUCCUGGAUGACUAGCUUCAUGAUUUUGUUUUCAAGGUUCUUGAUUUCCUCAUGUUUUAUUGGUUGGAAUGCAAACAGCUAAUAAACAAGGCUACCACUUC